AUGCCGAGAGAUAUCACUCCAGAAGACAUUGUGAUUCUCGUCGACGGCCGCGGUGCUGUGGUCGACCUUGACGGUCCUGGUUUACGGUCGACGCACGAUUAUGAGAUCAUAUCUGACAGUGGAGACCCACUUCAAACCGGCAUGUUUCCCUUCAUGUCUGCAGAGCUGCUGGGACAUCCGUAUUACCCACCCGACGACGCCACUGAGCCCCCAGUGCAUCACUUCAUCCAUGAUUUGGAGAGUUUUCUCUUGGUCCUGGUAUGGAUGUGCCUUACACGGGAAGGCCCGGCAAAGCGUCGACGUGACUUAUCGUCGACGCAACAAACCGAACAACUUUCCGCACUUCGAAGGACAGUAUUUCGUCUAUUCGAGGGGGACAAAGAGGUCUUGUCGCUUGCCAAAAGACAUCUCAUGCACAUUGCUACCCGACGGCGCCUGGUGGAUGUCGAGCUCCUCUGCUAUGUGUCCGAUUUCAUGGCGCCACUCAAAGAUCUCAUCUUUGAGUUCCUUUCUCUCAUCAGCAUUGCCUACGAAGACAAUCGUAGAGAUACUCAAGCUGUCUACGAGGACGCUCUCCGAUUGUUCGACAAGCACAUCAGGAGCCUACAGAAAGAAGACCCGUCCGGGCUAUCCAAGAAGCCCCGAGAGAAUAAGGAGUGA